CAAAUCAUUCCAACCUCAUUGUCAUCAGAUGCCAGGUCAUAUGAACCCGCGUCAUACGAACCCACGCAGACGUCAGAUCCUCCCACUCUCGGUCCACCUGGACCCGCAGAGUUCGUAUCCGGAAGCUUAGCAACCCAACCGCCACUACAGGACGCCGUCACAGGCCAGUCGGCGUUGAAACCGACCACCUCGGAACUCACUGCUGCGAGCCGGACUUCAGUCGUCAACAUGGAUCAAUCCGUUCUGGACGCCCCGAAUUCAGUGGCGUCCCUUCAACAGGCCGGCACCACCACCGCCAGUGCCGUGAAAAGCACAACCAAGAAACCAGUGACGCUAGAGGAUAUUUUCGUGCUCGAGAUCAACAACAUUAUCGACAGCUUUUUCCUUGUGGCCGAGUUCGUCCCUAACCACGUG